ACCGUCGGCCGCCAGCUGUGGUGUCGCGGCUACCGAAGAGCGACUCUGUGGUGCGCGGGCACAGCGUGAACCUGACGUGCGUGUUCGAGGGUUCCCCGCUACCUACCAUCACGUGGUACAAGGAUGACGUCAUCCUGCGUCUUGAUGACGUCAUCGAGCGUGUUGAUGACGCGUCACAGACACGCGUGGCGGGCGACCAUGUCAACACCAACACCAUGAGCGUGACACAGCGACGUGUGCGCUCACGGCAAGUAAGGGCAGGAGGAGGAGGAGGAGGGUUGUCAGCUCGGGGCACGCGAAGGAUCGUAUCGAGUCUGAGUAUAGGAGUCGUAGAGGACGACCACGCUGGAGUGUACAAGUGUGUUGCCACCUCCAGGGAGGGCAGAGCUGAACAACAAGUGCAACUCAGCGUCAUUCCGCCGCUGGACCCCGGGCUGGUAUACCCAUGCCCAUACGACUCCUUCUGUCUCAACGGCGGCACUUGUAUGUUCUUCAAGUUCGUCGGCGAGCUCGUCUGCCAGUGA